AUGAGCGCGCAGAGCGUUGGUGCUCUCGACUGUGGCACUGGAAGACGCUGGCACCCGGACCGGGUAUGGCCGAAGCAGUGGAACGACCAGCCGGCGGGUGAGGAAGGUCUUCCUACUCUGCUUCGAGGCCGCGGCUCAGGUGAAGGCUGCGGCAGGGCUGCCUCCGCCACGACAAAUGAAGAGGCUGCAGCGGCCUCCUCUGCGGUCGCAGCGGCCCAGGACACCGAAAGUGAUGAGCUGGUCGAAAAUGAUUCCGACGAGCCAGUGCAGGUCUGCACCUUGUGCGAUGCCGACCUAUUGGAGCUGGUCCGGCAACUGAGGAUAGAGGCGGAGAAGGCAAAGAGCCCCGAGGAGCAGAAGACGCGGGUGCCGCGUACGCCAGCAGCAACAACAGUUGAGACUGCUGCAGUCUCCGCUGCAGAGCGUUCAGCCGCUUCACAAGGGCACUUGUCACGCGGCGCCUUGCGAGAGGGCCAAGGUUCUUCGUUCACCACCCACGCCGCCAGAGGCUAA